AUGAGUGAUGCAGUCCAGGUUAAACGCAAGAAGGUAGCCAGGGCAUGCGUUUACUGUAGACGUUCGCAUAUGAUAUGCGAUGAGCAAAGGCCGUGUACACGAUGCAUUCGAAGAAAUAUCGCACAUCUUUGUUGUGACGAACUGCCGCGUGGUGAGACUGAGGGAGAAGCAGACAUUGAGAAAACGAGUAAUCGGCCCUCAAAUACCAGUGGGAACAGUUCCGUCGGUGCAGUAGGUGGGAUUUUGGCCAGACAGCCAACGUUUGCUUCUGAACAUGUAGGAUCGGAGUUUUCAUCGCUCAGUGAGUUUCUGCAUAUGCUAGAGGAGCCCCUGUCUUUUGACGCACAACCGUCAAGCGUUUGGACCCAAAUUGAGCGGCCAUCUGGGAACCCCGUCCAGGAACAAACCUCUGACCAGCCUACGUUGAAGGAAAACUUCUUCUUUACUGCAGCAGACCCGUCUCAGGAAAUGACGCCUGAGGAUAGACUCAAAUCGGUAAUCAAUGCCAAAUUGGAAGCAGGCCUUUUGCGGCCGUAUAACUAUGCGCGAGGAUACGCUCGUUUGCAGACGUACAUGGAUAAGCACAUGAAUCCAACCUGCAAGCAGCGUAUCUUAAAGCCCUUAUCAAUCAUUAGACCCGAGUUCAGGGCGAUCGCACGAUCUUUGAAGGACGUAGACAUGACCUUGGUCGAAGAAAGCUUCGAGCGAAUGCUGCUCUCAUAUGAUAGAGUGUUCACAUCCAUGAGCAUGCCUGCUUGUUUAUGGAGAAGAACAGGUGAAAUAUAUCGUGGUAACAAGGAGUUUGCCUCGCUGGUAGGGUGCAAAGUGGACGAUUUGCGUGAUGGCAAGCUGGCAAUAUACGAGGUUAUGACCGAAGACAGCACGGUUUCUUUUUGGGAAAAAUACGGGUCCAUAGCCUUUGACAAAAAUCAAAAGGCUAUUUUGACCCAUUGUGACUUAUGCAAACCGGAUAAUUCAGAAGCCCCAACACCCUGCUGCUUUAGUUUCACCAUCCGAAGAGACCGUUAUAAUAUUCCUGUUUGCAUAGUAGGCAAUUUUAUCCCCAGGUGA